CUUAAAUUUUAUGUUUGUUAGCAGGCAUCAGUCUCUUGCUUCUUCUUUUUUCUGUUACUACCUUUUUUAAAAAAUAAUGUGAUGGAAAUAUAUGUAGCUAGAUCACUCGUUUUGGUGAGAUUCUUUGCUUAAGAACCUUCUUUUCAUUCUCGACAGUCGAAACAUGGUAUACUUUCUAAGGAAUAAAUGUUUGAAUUGACCAGGGUUAUCCUCCAUUUGUUGGAAUGCCUCAUGCCAGAAUGGCUUUGCCUAUUGAGAAGGCACAAGAACCGGUUUACGUGAAUGCCAAGGCAGUACCAAGGAAUUCUAAGGCGAAGGCAGGCACGUGCCAAAGCAGAACUUGAGAAAAAGGAUAUAAAAGUCCGAAAGCCAUAUCUUCAUGAAUCUAGGCACGGGCAUGCUAUGCACAGGGCGAGAGGUAGUGGAGGACGUUUUGCAAAGAAGACAGUUGCUGAUACUUCAAAACAGAUGGCAGAAGGAAAAGGAACAGGUUCAGGUCAUGCUCUGUCAUCUCAAUCUGCUAGUUCAUCUGGUUCUAAACCAUUUCCGGCUGAUUUUGUGGCAACCCGGAACUUCACCCUCAGCCAGCUGGAAGCAAGAGGAUCACAUAAGCAUGACAUCCAUCAUAUCAACAGCGGUGGUCAUUAUCAGAAAUGAGUUGGUAGUAUCUCCUCUAACCAGGCCUCGCAUAGGCCUCUUGCUAUCCAGUGAAUUGGAGAAUGCCCUUUCAGAAGCUGAAGGGCCAACUCUAAGACUGUUUUCCAUGAUCCCUCAUCUUGAUUGUCAAGGCGGCAAAUCAUUCUUGGCUUUCUUUUUGUCUUGUCGGUGCUUCUCUUUCCCCAGUUGCAUUCCUGUUCAGAUAUUGUUGAAUAAAACUCAUAACUUCGUUUUAGUUUGUGGGGUGAUUCCAUUUGUCAUUUUGAGUUGAGACGUUUACUUUUCUUCAAGCCUGUAUCUGCUGCACU